AUGUCCACCUCUUCCCAAGUCGUCCCCGCCUCGGCCGGCCAGCGCCUCGCCGGCAAGACCAUCCUCAUCACCGGCGCCUCGGCCGGCAUCGGCCAGGCCUGCGCGCUCGAGUUCGCCCUCGCCCAGCCGCACGACCUGCGCCUGAUCCUCGCCGCGCGCCGCGUCGACACCAUCCACGAGAUCGCCGCCGCCAUCACCAAGCAGGUCGGCGACGGCGUCAAGAUCCUGCCGCUGCAGCUCGACGUCAGCAAGCCCGACGAGGUGCGCACCUUUGUGGGCAAGCUGCCGGACGAGUUCAAGAACAUUGACAUUCUCGUCAACAAUGCUGGCGGCGUCCGCGGCGUAGAGACCGCUGGCAACAUUGCCGAGGACGACAUCAACGUCAUGUUCGACACAAACGUCACCGGCCUCAUCAACGUCACCCAGGCCGUCCUGCCCAUCUUCUUUGCACGCCCGGACGGCGGCGCCGGCGACAUUGUCAACAUCGGCUCCAUCGCCGGCCGCGAGCCCUACGCCGGCGGCUCCAUCUACUGCGCCACCAAGGCCGCCGUCCGCAGCUUCACCGACAGCCUGCGUCGCGAGACCAUCCACACCAAGAUCCGCGUCAUGGAGAUUGACCCCGGCGCGACCGAGACCGAAUUCUCCGUUGUCCGCUUCCGCGGCGACAAGGCCAAGGCCGAUGCUACUUAUGCCGGCAUGGAGCCUCUCACCGCUCAAGAUAUUGCUGAGGUCAUCGUCUUCAAUGUCACGCGCCGCCAGAACGUUGUUAUUGCCGACUCUCUCAUCUUCCCCACGGUCCAAGCUGGCACUGGCCCUGCCAAUAUGUACCGCAAGACUGCAUGA